AUGGGAUCGUCCAGGGAUCUUUCAAAAUGGCUCAAUGAUGCUAUCGAUAAUGGACACAUAAUAGAAUUUGAUUACGAUUCGCUUAAAAAAAUUGAACCUUGUUGGAUAACAGCAUUAAGCGGUAUCAAAAAAGCUUAUCAAAUCGAAUUCGACAGGAACGUUGCUCUUAAAUAUUUAAAGGAUGAUAUACAUAAAAGCGAAGACGAAUAUUAUAGAAAUCUUGUUAGAGAGGUACAAAUUUUAACGAAGCUAAACGCGGUCAAUAACGAAAAUAUAAUUAGAUUUUUAGGAAUCAGUAAAGGUCUCUCGCCAAAAUAUCAUUACAUUAUACUUCAAUAUGUAUAUGGUGAAGAUCUUAGAACACGUUUGCAGAAAAAGUUUAUUGAAUUAAGUUGGCCUAGUAAAGUAAAAAUGGCAAAAGAUAUUACUAAUGGUUUAAAUUAUAUUCACCGCGCAAAUAUCUGUCACUGUAAUUUAAACUCCAAAAAUAUAAUGGUAUACGAUGAUAAAUUGAUAAUUACAGGUUUUGAUUUCUCUAUAUUUCUGGAUAAACCGUACGAAUUCCUUUAUACUCUUGAACUUUGUGAUCAUGAGAUGAUUUCUUACGUAGAUCCACAACUUCUUAUGUCUCCAA